GCAAUAGCGCGGUUUAUCCGGAGUUCAUGGAGCUGGCAGAGCUAGGCCAAGGCUAGCUAGGGCUGUCGGAUUGUCACGUGAUUGUACUUUGGUGACAGCUGUGCGUGUAUGACAGCAGCUUUCGGGUGUCGCGGGACGGGCUAUGCGGCCGUGCGAUGACCGCUACCUUGGCCUGCGAUGUGUCGGAGAAGAAGAAAGCGGACAGCAAGCGUGUCCACUACGCCCCCUUGGCCGGCGGCCAGAACCCGACGGGACGAAAGAGGAGCACAUGCCGCCGAUUCCCGUCUCGAUAUGUGCUCAGCCUGCUGCUCUUCUGGGGCUUCUUCCUUCUCUACGCUCUGCGUGUCAACCUCAGCGUGGCCAUCGUGGCCAUGGUCAAUGGCACGGCCGUGCUAGCAGCCGGGACCACAUCCCACGGCGCCGACUGUCCCGCCCCCGAUGGCUCCUUGUACAAUGCCACUGCCGACCCAGAAACGGCCGGUGGUGAGUUUAACUGGGACGAACGGACGCAAGGUGUCGUUCUGGGUUCCUUCUUCUAUGGGUAUGUGCUCACCCAAAUUCCCGGUGGUCGGCUGGCUGACCGCUUCGGCGCCAAGAGGCUACUUGGCGCAGGCAUCCUGGUGACCUCGUUGCUCACCCUGCUCACACCAUUCGCUGCACACAUCAGUCCAGCGGCUCUCAUGGUGCUGCGCUUUGGUGAGGGCAUCUCUGAGGGUGUGGUGUUUCCCUCGUCUCUGGCAUUGCUGUCGCACUGGUCACCAGCGCACGAGCGGAGUCGGCUGGUGAGCCUGAACACGGUGGGCACUGCGGUGGGAACCGUGGUCACCCUGCCACUCACCGCCCAGCUCUGUGCGAGUACCUGGGGCUGGCCUGGCAUUUUCUACCUCCUUGGUGUGCUUGGCUGUGUGUGGUUCCUGCUGUGGAUGUACUUGGUGUAUGAGUGGCCCGAGAUGCACCCAGGCAUCUCCAAUCGCGAGCUGCAACAUAUCCAACGCUACCGGGGCAGCUCCUGUGCUGCUCAGCAGCCGCAUGGAGUACCAUGGGGCCGCCUUUUGAGGUCGCGCAGUGUCUGGGCCCUGGGUGUGACCAUGUUCUGUGGCAACUGGGGCUUCUACCUGCUGCUCAUAGAUUUGCCAAACUACCUUCGUGGAGUCCUGCACCGGCCCAUUGGAAGCAAUGGCUACGAGAAUGCAGCUGUGCACAUAGCUGGUGCUGUGAGCAUGUUGCUGUGUGCCCCCAUAGCCGACCUGCUUCGCAAGCGCCAGACGCUUUCUGUCACUGUUAUUCGCAAGCUGUUCCAGACCUUUGGCUUACUGGGCCCAGCGGUGUGCCUCUCACUGGUUCCCCUGGUGGGCUGCGAUGCAAGGGCAGCAAUCGUGUGCCUGGUCUCUGGCAUGGCCCUGUACGGGUUCACUGUCGGAGGACAGAGCCCACUAGCCCUGGACAUUGCACCAGAUUUUGCAGGCACGGUGAUGGGCAUCGUGAACUGCAUGGGCAACCUGUCAGGCAUGCUGGCACCCCUGGUGACUGGCUACAUCAUCGAGCACGAUGAGAGCCUGGCACAGUGGCGCAAGCUAUUUCUGCUGGCAUCGGCCAUCUACACUUGUGGUGCGGUGAGCUUCGUGCUGUUUGGCUCUGCCAAAGUGGAAGAGUGGGGUGUGGCACCCACCAAGAAGAACAGCCUGAUGAGCUUCCCACACCCGGAGUCAGACUCGGAAGAAGAGCCCGAGGACUUCCACGCCGUGGCUGCCGAGAUGCACCUAAUGUGAUUGCACCCUGUGAUGCACGUUGUCACGUGCGAGUUCUCCUCACAUGUGUUGUUACAAACCGGUGAAUACCUGCAACGCACUAUUUAUAGUCAGCGUGCGAAGGCCUCCUGUGAUGCACCAACGCGACGUCGCACACGUGGCAAUCUGGAUUCUUCCCAUGUCAUGGAAGUUUCUAAGAACACUGCACAAAUCGUGCUCGGUCUUGCUAGUUAACUGCAGCUAGCCGGCUGGUUAGACAUGUCAUAUUGCAACAUUAAGCUUGCAGGAAAGGUAUACGAAAUGUUUAGUGGAGCGAACCGAAGGCGUCCUUAUCUGGCUCUCAGCAUGACGACAUGUCUACUGCCUGGCUAGCUGGCAGUCCAACACCGACAGACUUGGUUCCUCUUCUGCGAUGCACACCGCUGUCACCGCACAUCUCGUCAGUCAAGGUGUCUCAUUGUACAUCCCACCUAAUCUUUCUUUAUUUCGUUUUAUUUUUUAUCCCAGUGAUCCAGCACAAUUUGCACAUUAAUUUAGGAGUGACAUAUGGAGAAAACUGCCCAGUUUGAUGAUUCCAUAGAAUUGUUGUGGACUCUGUAGUAUCAUAGUUGAUUUGGUUGCUUGGCAGUGUGAGAUGUGAACUUGCAGUAAUGCCCUCAGUUGUCAAGGCAAGUGAAAAAAUGGGGAAACUUUCUUAAACCAACAAAUUAUCUUGCUUUGAGAAAAUACUCCAAGAAAGUAAAAGCGUUUGCUACACCCUGUCCCCCUAAAUGUAUCGCAUUCUAUGGUGUGGGACCACGAAAGAUCAAGUGUACCGUUUUUGUUUGACUAAUCCUUUGUGCAGAAAACAUAAACCCUGAAACACAAUAGGUUGUUGAGUUUCUAGCGUAUGCGGCAUUACAAGUUGAUCGGUGGAGUGCGUUCUGUUAUGGGUUUGCACAAACAUGGAACAAAGAGUGGGGUGAUGCGAAUUCCUGGUAAUAUUUGGAUGUGUUUUUAUCGCUAAUGCCUUGCAAGUAUCGUGUGUUUUCUAUUUCUUUUUUUUUCUUUUUCUUUUUCCAAUGACAGCAGUCAACUGAUGCGUGGUGCUUUCAAAUCUCCAGUACUUCCACUGUUGUUACACGGUGCUUCACUCACGUUUACAGAUUCUCGUGUCACGUGGCGUAAAUGAUCUGCGUGGCAUGAAAAUGUAGCUCAAAUGUCGGACAAGGCUUGCGCAUCUUCGGAAAGAGUCUUUCAUGAGGCUCAAGAGUGGCCCAGUUUAGAUGCUCUUCAACUGUUCCGCAUACCGGUGAAUCUGUGGUUGAUGUUUUAUUCUCUGGAAAGUGGUUUUUAUGAGUCUGAGAUUUAUUUUAUUUUAGGGUGUUAAGGUGUUAAAAUGUUGAAAUGUUCCAUACUUGUUAGGUUGUUUUUACACCAAUGUACAUUCCUCUUGUUGCCCAUUUUUAAAUUAAAGCGUACCGAUUGUCGACGACACCAUA